CACACACACUGUCCUCCGCCGCAGCUAUCCUGUCCCAACCCGGCCUCUGGAGGAGAGAAAAAACCCGCCAGCACCAAGCACCAAAGCCCCGCACCGCACCGCAGCACCGUCACUGCUGCCUCUCGCCUGCACGGUGACAUGGUUUGCAGGGAUCGGCUGCUGUAGCCAAGGGCCACUUAGUCACUCUGAGUGUGUGUGUGUGUGGAUGUGUGUGCAUUAAAGAAGAAGCAGCAGCUGCACGGAGAUCCAGCAGCACGACACAUCAGGAACGAAGCGAGCCGAGCAUCCGUGCAUCUCUCCCCGGCUGUCCUGCACCCCGGCCCCGCUGCACCGGAGCAGGGACACGGUCCUCCUCAACAGAGACCCAGCAUUAUCGGGUGGGAAGAGCAGCCUGGCUCGUGCUAUAGUCACUGUUGUUGUUAAGAAAACAAAGCGUCCAGUCCCGUUGCCAUGGGUAAACAAAACAGCAAGCUGCGGCCCGAGAUGCUGCAGGACCUCCGGGAGAACACCGAGUUCUCCGACCACGAGCUGCAGGAGUGGUACAAGGGUUUCUUGAAGGACUGCCCCAGUGGGACCCUGAAUGUGGAAGAGUUCAAGAAAAUCUACGCCAACUUCUUCCCUUACGGAGACGCCUCAAAGUUCGCUGAGCACGUCUUCCGAACAUUCGACACCAACGCAGACGGGACGAUAGACUUCCGGGAGUUCAUCAUCGCUCUGAGCGUGACGUCGCGGGGAAAACUGGAGCAGAAGCUGAAAUGGGCCUUCAGCAUGUACGACCUGGACGGGAACGGAUACAUCAGCCGCCACGAGAUGCUGGAGAUUGUACAGGCCAUCUACAAGAUGGUGUCGUCUGUGAUGAAGAUGCCAGAGGACGAGUCAACGCCGGAGAAGAGGACGGAUAAGAUCUUCAGACAAAUGGACCUCAAUAAUGAUGGCAAACUGUCCCUGGAGGAGUUUAUCAAAGGUGCCAAAAGCGACCCCUCCAUCGUGCGGCUACUCCAGUGCGACCCCAGCUCGGCCUCCCAGUUCUGAACACCCCCCCCGCCCCGCUGAGACCCUUUUUCCUCCUCACCCUCUGUUGCUAUUGAAACACUCAAAUCAAUGCAUGAUGGUUCUCGUCUCUCAUAUCAUUUUUUUUUCCGUUGUGUGCAAGAAUGGAGGAGGGAUUUUGAGGAGGAUAAGAAAAAGCCAUCACUAUCAUUUGACAUCAUCAUUUUUGUAUAUUUGGGAAAGCUGAAUGGACAUGGAUAUGUUUAAUGAGCGUGCAGAAAUGUUCCCGAAUAUCUGUCGGAUUUCCAGGAGAGCUUUGUGUGGAUUUUUUCGCAGAGUGGGGGAACGCUCCUCCAACACACAUGUACAUCAUGUAUAUACUGUACGUCUAUGUAUAUCACCAAAUGAAGUGUAUGGUGCACACUCUAUGGCAUUGAAGCAGUAUUAUGUAGCGUAAAUUCCUGGUGUGAUCUGAAUGGGGGGGUCGGGGUGGGGGUUUAUUGGGAUUUUACUGCUAUAUGAUCUUUCGCUGAGAAAAAGAAGGCCUAAGAUCCCAUUAGCUUUUUAUUAUUAUCGAUAUCUCUACUGGCAUUUUGUUGAUUUUUAAAUAGUUUGUACAUAUUUUUUUUCCUCCGUCAUGUCGUUUUAUUUAUUCAUUUGUAUUCUUAUUAUUAUUGUACUUUGAUAUGUUCCAGUUUACAGUGACAGAGAGAGAGCUCCGAUGGAUCUCUUUGUGGGUGUGUUAACUGUGAAGAAUAUAAAACACUCCAUAAUGCAUUUGAUCAAUCACCAGUAGCACAUAUCGUCUCAGCCUCCAUGUGGUUAUGAAGUAAGGCUGUGUCUGAAUGUGUGCACGUGGACAUGCAAUGAGGCUUUACAGUAUUAUCACGUUGUGUUGUUUCUAAUAAGUAUUCUUUAACACAAGCAGUAAACUUAAGAUAGUCGUUAACCUGUCACACUAUACUGCAUGAUCCUAUGAACUGAUAAAAUCCACAAAAAAAAGUGAACGCACAGCAGUAUCUUUUUGUAGCGCUGCUGCAGCCUGCUCAGCACUGCACCAGGCAGAAAUGAUUGAGUAUUUGUCUUGCUUUUGGGACAAACCCUCCCUUCCUCCUCCCCCCUUUUCCUCUCCCUCUGACAGACAGAGAACUCACUAAGGGCUCGUUCAUCACUCUCCAGCUGAAUGCUUUUAUAACCUCCUGGAUUAGUCUGCUUACAGAGCAAUUAGAUGAAGGGACAUGUUUCACCAGGUACUUCUUUGUGGUUAGCAGACUGAAAUCAGUGGCUGUGUUUACAUUAGCACUGAUAUACAAGCUUUACUUACUUACUAUUUGGAGCACCAAGAAACUGGAACUUGUCGAGACAUCACAUCAAAAUGCACCUGCAGCAACGUAUCCUCAUACAAUGGUUCCUAUCACCCCUUUUCCACUGAAAAUCUGUUUGAUUCUAGUUUGGUUCCACGUAAUGACGUCAACAUCUACGUCACUGAUUUUCUCACUAACGCCGUUUUCAACAACAAUUAUUUCUACAAUCGGGCAUCAGCUCCGAACCGCUUUGGUGUAAAAGGGGUAUUUUUGCAUAUGAAUAUCAACCAAAACGUUAUAAUUUCGGACCUGAAUAAACUUCCGUCUUGCAGGAAACAACUUGGUUAGGUUUAGGAAACACAACGACUUGAUGAGGUUUAGGAAAAGAGCGUGGGUUAGGUUAAAUGAUCUACGGAAAUGGCUAUAUUAACUCUAAGAAAAGAGUGGUCCCCUAUGGGUGUAAGUUUGAUGUUUUUAGACCAACUUGCAUACGGUACAAACUCAUUGUAUAGGAUAUAUGUGAAGUAUAGAGCGUAUGAGAACAGCCUCAAUUUGGUCUCUCCAAUUCAAAUUAAAAGACUUCAAUCUGUGAUAUUACAGUUUUAAAAUACGCUUCAAACGUACCGUGCAUUUUGUAAACACAGCCACUGGUUGCAGUACCAGCUCCACCAUGUAUUGAGUGGAGCGAUGUAAGGCCUCCAUUGUUUUAGAAGUUCAACAUAUUCUGUUUGUGAAGAAGCUAAAUGUUGGGCAGACUGAGAACACGCUGUACAAUGCAUCAUUCUGUUAAAGGGACCUGCAGGUUCUUUACUUUAAUAGGCUGAUAGAGAUCAAUGUAUACAAUAUAUAAGUGUUUUUGAGGUUAAGAAGUGAUGAAAUGUAGUACAUAUACUCGUUUACUGGACUUAAGUGCAAUACUAACAUACUUUACUGGAGUAUUUUCACAUUUUACUACUUUAAUCUUCUAUUCCACUACAUUUUAGAGCGAAAUAUUAACAUAAAUAUUGAUAUACACUCAUUUACAACUGGAGUUAAUUGUUCAGAUUGAUUUAAUUUUAGAUUUAAGUAAGACUUGAUCAGUUAUUGUUAAUUUAUCGUUAUUAUUGUACGGAAGUAUGAAAUGACAUGAAUUAAAUAAGAAAGACUCACAAUGUUUUGCAGAUGGACCUUAUGAUUUAUGAUUUAUGAUUCCUUUGUUUAAAUGUGAUUGUGUUUGCAGUUGUUUCCUAUCUGUGAUGCAAUUAAAUCGUUUCUGUCUUUACAUUUAGUUUUUAAGUUUUAGUGCCAUUUUAAGAGCAUAUAAUAAUUAUAAUCGGGAUAAAAUCGCAAUUAUUUUGACCAGGACAACCGUGACAUGACAUAUGAAUAUCUAACUAUGACUAAGUGUUAUGUAUGACACUACAAAACAAGUCACAUUUAGCUCCAACUUGAAGUGCUUCAGUACUUUUCUCAUCAUUUGAUUCUUUUGUUAGAAAAUCCUUUUGAAAUCACUGAAAGGCUUCACUGACACCAGACUAAUGCAGUUAUUUCAGGUGGUUGAGUAUUCCUAUCUAAGUGCUUCGGACAGGCUUCACUGACUUUAAAAAAUAUAAAACCCAGCAUAUUGAUUUCUCUGUCUGCCAUGUGAGAUAAAACGUAAGACGAUUCAAACCAGACUGAACUGGCAAGAGUCAGUUUCUAAAUGUGUGUUGCCCAACAUUUCACUACCUCACAAAUUGAAUGACUGCGUGCAGAUGAGAGCUGCAUGCACCUGACUUUAGGAUGGGAGUGUAACUUGAACCAUUUGCACAGGAGCUUCCUAACCUCUGCUUUUGGGGAUCCUAUAGUGUCACUGCCUUCUGCUGGUAGGAUAAGGAACAACAGUUGCUACCCCCUGAUCUAAACUACAGAUGAACCCUUUUCUAUUCUCACUGCCUCUGAUGAACUGGUACCUUAUGUUGGAUAAAUGCACCCCCUUUCUUUCUUUCUUCCCUUCUUCCUAACCUCCCUUCAUUUCCUUCCAAUUUUUCUGUUGCAUGAAAACCUCACGUGAGGAUGUCAUGUUUGUUCAGUUGGACCUGAAAUAUACCUAUGUGUUUCAAAGCU